CCUCGAGGCAGGUUUUGCUUAGUAGCUGAGCAGGCUUGAGCCCUGCGUGCUACUCUGUACCCUGCUGUUGUACGCUGUGAGGCGCACUCAGGGAAGCUUAGAACUUGGGAAAUGGAUGCACUGACCUAUGAUGAUGUGCAUGUGAGCUUCACUCGAGAAGAAUGGAUUUUGCUGGAUCCUUCACAGAAGAAUCUCUACAAAGAUGUGAUGCUGGAGACCUACAGCAACCUCACUGCUAUAGGCUACAAUUGGGAAGAUCAUAAUAUUGAAGAACAUUGUCAAAGUUCUAGAAGACAUGCAAGGCAUAAAAGAAGUCAUGAUAUAGAGAAACCCUUUGACUAUACUAAGUGUGGAAAAACCUUUGCACGUCACAGUUAUCCUCAAAGGGAUGAAAGAAUUCAUACUGGAAAGAAACCCUAUGGAAGUAUUCAAUAUGGUGAAUCCUUGGCACAUCGUAGUAGUUUUCAAAUACAUGAAAGAACACAUACUAGCAAGAAGCUCUACAAACAUAACCAAUGCGAUGAAGCCUUGUCAAAUCAGAGUAAUCUCAGAAGACAUAAAAGAACACUUUCUGAAGAAAAGCCCUACAAGUGUAAUCAGUGUGAUAAAGCCUAUUUAUUGGACAGUCAUCUCCGAAUACAUAAAAGAACACAUACUAAAGAGAAACCAUUUGAAUGUAAUCAAUGUGAUAAAGUCUUUGUAAGUCACAGUAGUCUCCAACGUCAUAAAAGAACACAUACUGGAGAGAAACCCUACAAGUGUAAUCAGUGUGAUAAAGCCUAUUCACAAAACAUUCAUCUUCAGAUACAUAAAAGAACACAUACUGGAGAGAAACCUUAUGAAUGUAAACAAUGUGAUAAAGUCUUUGCCCGUUAUAGUAGUCUUGAAAGUCAUAAAAGAGCACAUACUGGAGAGAAACCCUACAAGUGUGAUCAAUGUGAUAAAGCCUAUUCACAAGACAUUAAUCUUCAAAUACACAAAAGAACACAUACUGGAGAGAAACCUUAUGAAUGUAAGCAGUGUGGUAAAUCUUUUGCAUCUCAGGUUCAACUUCAAAGGCAUGAAAUAAUUCAUACUGGAGAGAAGCCUUACAAAUGCAGUCAAUGUGGUAAUGGCUUUGCAUGUUAUAGUAGUCUUCACAGGCAUAAAAAAACACAUACAGGAGAGAAACCCUUCGAAUGUAAUCAAUGUGGUAAAGCCUUUGCAUGUCAAAGUAGUCUUCGAAUACAUAUAAGACUUCAUACUGGAGAGAAACCCUACAAGUGUAAUCAGUGUGAUAAAGCAUAUUACAAACAAAGUCAUCUCCAAAAACAUAAAAGAACUCAUACAUACUGGAGAAAAACUCUGUGAAUGUAACCAAUGUGCAGGUCAUAGUGAUCUUCAAAGUCAUAAAAGAACACAACUAGAGAGAAAACCUGAGUGUAAUCAAUGUGGUAAAUCCUAUUCACAACCACAGUCUCAAAAUCCAUAAAGAUCACAUACUUGAGAGAAACUCUGUGAAUGUAAUCAAUAAUAAUCCUUCUCAAAAGCAUGUAAUCUCAAAACCCAUUUAAAAAAAACCCACAUACUGGAGAGAAGCCCUAUGAAUGUAACCGCUGUGAUAAAGCAUUUGCACAUCAUGGUUAUUGUCAAGUACAUAAAAUAAUAGAUACUGCAAAGAAACCUUAUCAGUAUAAAGAUGUGGUAAAUCCUUUGCCUCUCAUGGUCGACUUCAAAGGCAUGAAAUAAUUCAUACUGGAGAGAAAUCUUACAAAUGUAUUCAAUGUGUUAAACUCAGUGCAGGUCAAAGUAGUCUCUGAAUAUAUAAAAGAACACAUAACUAAUCUCUUGGUCAUAUUCUGCUUCCCUGAUGCCUUCAAAACACUCAGUCAGAAGCCCUGAGUAGUGGGGACUCUAGGUGACAUGAAGGAUUGUUCAUGGGGGAAAUUGGGCAUUUGAAAGAGCUGCUGAGUGUGAAUAAACUAUUAGGGAGAGGGAGAUUUGGAUAUAAAUGGAAGAGAAUUAAAAGGCCAGAGAGCAAUACUUGAGGGUGCAGCAAGCACAAGCUGGCUCCUGCAGUAUUCUCUGUAUCCACUCAUCUGUGGUGAGUCAACCCCUUCCAGGUCUUCCACUCUUUACAUUUCUGGGCAAUUGCAUGUACCUGUCAGUGACAGCACCCUUCAGGCCCCUGCUGUGGUCUCCAAUUGGACCUUAAAUCUUCUCACCCUCCCUGUGUCAUCCCUGUAGCCUGCCUGCCUGGUAGGAAUACUAAUAUUCUCAGAGACAUUUAUAUCUCUCCCGAAGGACAACAUCAAGUGAAAUAGUGGACUGUAUAAAAAUUCAAAUUGCCCCUGCAAUCUCAUUCUAGGAGAAGAAUGAUUCCUGCAUAGGAAAAUUUCUAUGAAAAAAAGAAAAGAAAAUUUCUCUGCUGAAUAAACCUCAUCUGAAUACCUUUCUGGAAAGAAAGGAGCUGAGAAUAGGGGAGGGAUUUAUGUAGAGGAUAGAAUUUGUUUCCUGGCUUAGAUAGAUUAUUUCAUUGUUCAUAUCUCUUGCCUUUUAUGUAGACCUGUUAGGACCUCAAGGAUGAAUUAGUUACAUUAUGUCUUCAUCACUGGUGUAAAUUAAUUAUACCAAAUAAAUAUGUUAGUACGUUUUCAGUUU